ACCCCCCCUCCCCGGUUGAGGAAGUGAGUUGCGCUGACAGGGCUGGGCUCCGAGGAGAAAGCUGCUAGCAUCCGCUCGGCACGGCUAAAAACACGGUGUAGCGCCGAGAGAACCGAACCGAACCGAACCGAGCCGAACCAGCAAACAGCCUCCGAGACGAGCGCUUAGACUCACCCGGGACCGCGUAUUUAUCUCUCCGAGACCGUCGCAAACAUGAACGAUCAGCAGUUAGACUGUGCUCUGGAUCUGAUGAGGCGUCUCCCUCCACAGCAGAUCGAGAAGAAUCUCAGCGACCUCAUCGAUCUGGUGCCCAGCCUGUGUGAGGAUCUGCUCUCUUCUGUGGAUCAGCCUCUGAAGAUCGCCCGGGACAAAGUGGUUGGGAAAGACUACCUGCUCUGUGACUACAACCGCGAUGGCGACUCCUACAGAUCUCCAUGGAGUAAUAAAUAUGAGCCUCCCAUUGAUGAUGGUGCGAUGCCCUCGGCCCGUCUGAGGAAGCUGGAGGUGGAGGCCAACAACGCCUUCGACCAGUACAGAGACCUGUAUUUUGAGGGCGGCGUGUCCUCCGUGUACCUGUGGGAUCUGGAUCACGGUUUUGCCGGAGUCAUCCUCAUUAAGAAGGCCGGAGACGGUUCCAAAAAAAUCAAGGGCUGCUGGGACUCCAUCCAUGUGGUGGAGGUGCAGGAGAAGUCGAGUGGUCGUACUGCUCAUUAUAAACUCACCUCCACGGUGAUGCUGUGGCUGCAGACGACCAAAACCGGCUCUGGAACCAUGAACCUGGGAGGAAGCCUCACCCGACAGAUGGAGAAAGAUGAGACGGUCAGCGAGUCCUCACCACACAUCGCCAACAUCGGACGCCUGGUUGAGGACAUGGAGAAUAAAAUCCGCUCCACCCUGAACGAGAUCUACUUUGGCAAGACCAAGGACAUCGUCAAUGGCCUGAGGAGUGUGCAGACGCUGGCGGCGGUUAAAGCCAAGCAGGAGGCUCUGAGGACCGAUCUGAUCGACGCAAUCAACAAACGCAAACAGCAAAGCUAGAGACACUCUGUCACUCCUCACCCCCCACUCACCCCCACUCACCCCCAACUCACCCCCCACUCACCCCCACUCACCCCCACUCACCCCCCACUUACCCCCCACUCACCCCCACUCACCCCCACUCACCCCCACUUACCCCCCACUCAUGCCCCCCUCCUCUCUGUCACCACACCAGACCCCCCCUUCUCUCCAGUUUCGUCGUCUCCUCUGUGCUGCGAUCUGUCUGUCUAACGACAAAAAAGGAGAAAAUCGCUUGGCUUUGGGUUUUGUUUUGUUUCGUUUAGAGUUUUUCCUGCAGGUUUUGCGGCACUUCUCUUUCUCUCCGCUGUCUCUCUCUAUCUCUCGGCUCGUUAUGACGGUUAGACUAGUGAGAGUGACGUGUCUGUCCCCACAGUGACAUCAUCUGUAUCACACCGAGGAAAAGUACAGCUCUGUGUUUCGUUUUCAUUUGUAUUUACAGCCACGCCCCAGACAUAAGCCACGCCCAUAACAUAAGCCACACCCAUAACAUUAAACAUGUCCACAACAUAAACCACGCCCAUAACAUAAACCACGCCCAUAACAUUAAACAUGUCCAACAUAAGCCACGCCCACAAUGUGUCUCUUACAAAUGCACUUGUUUGUGUAGCUGCAGGAGAGUAAAACUUAUUAUUAUUAUUAAUCAUCAUCAUUAUUAUUAUUAUUAUUAUUAUUGUUAGUAAUUCUCUUUGGGUGAUCUCUUUCUCUCUCUGUGUGUGUGUGUGUGUGUGUGUGUGUACACCUUUAAUCAAUGUAAUGUCAUCUGACUCCUCCCUCUCUCCCUCUCCCUCUCCCUCUCCCUCUCUCUCUCUCUCUCUCUCUCUCUCUCUCUCGCCUUCUCCCCCUGUUUCUGUAUCUCUCUCGCCCAAAGCUUUGCAAUCUGUUGUUUUUGUUGUUGUUUUUUUUUUUGUUUUUUUGUUUUGGUUUUUUGUUUUGGUUUGUUUUUUGUAUGGGGGUGGAAUAUUACGUGUCUUUUUUGUUUUGUUUUGUAAAGCUUACAGUUCAUGUAUUAUUAGAGCCUCCAGCAACAAUAAAAUCUGUAAAAUGCUAUAAACGAUAA